AGUCAGCCAGUCACCUCAAGUGCGCCCGGGUGCGUGGAGCAGACGGUGCCGCGGAUCUCUUGACACACAAAACAGCAGACAAAAAAAGCACAGAGAAUGGGACUACAGUCUGUGAACCUGGACCAAGCCUAAGUUGGGUCAACAAAGCAAGAGGUCCAAAGCGUAAACCUUCCUAAAGUAAGAAAAGCACGUUGUUUUGGUUCACAAUGGGCUGCUGUAGCGGACGGUGCACUCUCAUCUUCAUCUGCACUUUACAACUGGUGUUGGCUUUAGAGAGGCAGGUGUUUGACUUCCUCGGAUACCAGUGGGCUCCCAUCCUCGCCAACUUUUUCCACAUCAUUAUAGUUAUCCUCGGCCUCUUUGGCACCAUCCAGUACAGGCCACGCUACAUUGUGGUGUACACAGUAUGGGGUGCUCUUUGGGUGGCCUGGAAUGUGUUCAUCAUCUGCUUUUACCUGGAUGUAGGAGGACUGUCCAAGGACAGUGACUUGCUGACAUUCAAUAUUUCUGCGCAUCAUUCGUGGUGGAGUGAACAUGGUCCAGGCUGCGUGCGGAGAGAGCUGCAGCUGACUCCAGGGGGCCGCACCACACCCGAGGCCCAAUCCUACAUCAGUGUCAUGGGCUGCUUUGUGGACUACCAGUAUAUCGAAGUACUACACAGCAGUAUGCAGAUACUUGUAGCGCUCCUUGGCUUUGUCUACGCCUGCUACGUUGUUAGCGCCAUAACUGAAGAGGAAGAUAGCUUUGAUUUUAUUGGUGGAUUUGACCCAUUCCCUCUGUACCAUGUCAAUGAGAAACCAUCUCAUCUCCUCUUAAAGCCCAUGUACCCGUCUACGUAAAUGAAAAGACCAACGAUGUGAUUCUGCAAGUUUUCUCAGACAUCUUGCUUGAGCUGCCCAUAUAGUUUUGUUGUUUCUCAAAUUUGUGAUUGUUUUGAGUAUAAUGUUUUCAGCCCCAUAAGAAAACAUUACAAGGAGCUAUGCAUGGCACUUGAGAGGUUUUCAUUGUAGGCUCACAUUUGGCUCAACUUUCAAUCAUUUCAUGUUCAGUCUGUGCCUCAUUGGUCUGUUAUUGCUAGUUCAAGUCUUGACUUUAGGGGCAAUUUUGCUCUGUCUGUUAAUUCUAUGCUAAGAUUUUAAACAAGAAUGGUGCAGGAAGAGGCAAGAGGGACCACUGGGUACCAGAAGGCCAUGUACCAAAAGAACCAAACCUGUCAAGAAGAAAUUGUAAAUAAAGAAGCAAGAAAAGGAGAUUAGUUGAAUGCAAAGACAUGUUAAAAAGUCCAAAUACAUCGACAGGCAUGUUUUAUUUCUGGAAACCUCAAAGGGCCAGCGUUUGAGGCUUCUGUUCAAGGCAGCUUUGUUUUCACGUACUCACAAAUCUGACAAGAGGUUACAGAGCAGUAUAUUUUUAACUUGCAAAAAAUGUUAUUGCACCCAUUGAGCUGAUUUGAGACUCAAUGUUAAAGCAUCUCCCAUUGAGGGAUAUUUGUCUUUGUAUUAUAAAAGUGAGAGGUCUUGGCUGGCCUGCAAAGAGGGAUAAUCAGUCAGGUGUAUCUAUGACCAAUGACAAAUUACGAAGGUCAGCAUCUUCUAACAAAAGUGGCUAAAGGAAAGUACUAUGGUGGGAAUAAGGCUGCAAGAAUCUCUCAAACUACCAAGUGACAAAUGUUCAUAUUGUUUAAAAAUAGCAUGUUUUCAAACUCUGACUGUAUGACUAUUGUGGAUGUACAAACGUAUUACAAGUAAGAUCUGGGGAAACUUUUCAGUACACAUUUUGCCUGGUUCUGUCAACCUUUCAUUUGUUACUCUUUAUUGCCCUCUGGAGUUAAAAGUGAUAAAGUACAAAGUGUAAAGCUGCUCAAACAUAACCCUAUUUUCUUUCAAAGGGCAUUCUGUAGAAUGAAUGUUAAUAGUACUUUUUCUAUAGCACAACUUGGUUGCAGUAUUUUAUUAGUUCUCUAAAUAAUUAACAAUUAUUACAAAGAUCAUAUUGUCUGCCUGUGAUCAACCUCUUUAAACACUGCAGACUGUUUAUGCACUCUUGGAUGAAUUGCUGUAGUAAAAAAAGAUCACAAAGCACCUCAUGUUCAAGUAUCAGAGCAGUCUUCCUCUUGGUAGAGCCUUCCAGAGACUACUGGAGAUAGUAGGUUGUGAAUGUGCAACAGAAAAAAAUCCACCUCUUUAUAUAUCAUUUGACUACAGAUCACAGUUCUGUUCAAUUUUGGUGUCUGACUGAUCAAGCCUGUUUGUGCAUUGUUGUAUUGUGUGUUUUUGUAAAUAAAUAUUUGUUAAUAAAAUGAAGUGAUUUGU